ACCUGUAUGUAAUUUAAUUUUUUUUGUCAAGGCAAUCUUUAAAAUUAAGUUUUGUCAUUUGUAGGUAUGGCCAUGGAUUGGCAGUUGCUGGAAACAUUGCAUUCAUAUUUGGAGGCUGUACCAGUAUGAAAGGUGAGCAGCCCAAGUAUUUUAGUGACUUCUACAUGCUUACAGAGCCUCGAAAGAGCAGAGACCAUGCAACAGCAGAAACAAAACAAGUAACUCCUUCUGAUCUAACUUGGGAAAUAAUACCACAAAGUGGAUACAUUCCAUCUUCCAGAGAAGGGCAUUCCAUGUGUAUUAUGAAAGGAAAAGUCUAUUUGUUUGGAGGCCGGUCUCACCACCUUGUACAAGAAUGCUUACCUGGAAUGUAUUGUUUUGAUAUAGAGUCCUUAACAUGGGAGAAGCUGCAGAUAAAUGGCAUUGCACCAUGUACUUUGAACCACAGUGCAGCAUUGGUUGGGGACAACAUUUUUGUCUUUGGUGGAAUUCAGAAUGGAGCCGUUUCUGAUAACCUGUUCAUGUUUAACACAGUAUCUCUGACUUGGACUCCAGUUAAAACAGUUGGCUUGACUCCAGCUCCCAGGUAUGCCCACACCUUUGCUGCAGUUGGAGAAUUUCUCUAUUUAUUUGGGGGCACUGCGUGUGAGAAUUUAUAUUUUAAGGAUAUCCAUGUGCUUGAUACAGUAUCAUUAACAUGGAGCCAAUGUGAGGUCAAAGGUGAAGGAUCAUCUGGCAGGGGUUUCCAUACCUUCACACCGCACCAUGAUAAGGACAUUUAUGUAUUUGGUGGAUCUUAUCACACUCAAGGGGGAAAUAUAACAACUUUAAAUGAUGUUGUGAAAUUAAGCCUUGCAAAAAUGAAGUGGAAGAUGCCUUUAUAUGUUGGAAUUCCCCCUGAACGUAGGCACAGCCAUACGGCAUUCCUUCUUCAUAGUCAUCUUUACAUUUUCGGUGGAGUUAAUGAGGAGCAGGAAUUUAAUGACAUAAAGGCAAUGAAACUAAUAAAUCCAUCUGACAGACAACCAAUGAUGAAAGAGAUUCUGUCAGAAUUUGGAAUCAAUGAAGUUGGUUACAGGUUUUCACCUACAAGGAUCCCCAAGGUAAAAUAUGAAUUGGCAGUCUGCCCAUUUCCUGCACGAGCAGACUCACCACCACCUGUGCCAGCAACAGAAUCCAGGGAUUUGAGUUCCAUUUACAAGCAAGCUAUAGAAAUGAUCACAAAUGCUUUCGCUAUGCUGGACGUGGAGUUUCAGAAACUUGAUAUUGAGAAAGGAGAACUUGCACGGGCCAAAAUAGCUUUUCAGCAAGAAAAAGAGGCUUACAAUAAGCAAUACAAAAAUCAGCAACAGGAACUUCAGGAGAUGCUAGAAAAACAUAAAUUUCAGAAUGAAGCCUGGCUUAAAACACGGGCUGAGCAAAAUGAUCGAGAAAAACAAGUGCUGUUCAGACAAAGGGCAGAAUUGCUUCAGGAACAAGAGAAGUUGCGUGAAGAGCAGAAAAACCUUCAAAUGCGUAGUCAGCAGCUACUCUCCUUAAUGCAGCAAUUUAAGGGAAUGUGAGGAGUAACAUUGAGAAUUAAAAAUGUUUAAAAUUGCCCUAUUUUGUCAGCCUUUCCUUCUUCUAUUCUUAGGUACCAAAAUUCUGCAAAUAGGUAGCAAAUAGGUAUGAGAAAAGUCAAGGUAGUAUUGACACGCAGUCUUAUAAGGAAUAAGAUGGAAGCUUUAUCUAUUUGUAAGUUUUCCUUAAUAGGACUGUAUUUAAGUGGCUGACUUACUCCUCACUAUGAAUUCUAAAUUUCUACAUAUUUCUUUGUUCAGCUGAAAAUCUUUGAUGUUUUAACUUGAGCCCCCAAGCCUGCUCCACCUUUCAAGCAGGCCUUGACUCCACUUUUUGUCCCUGAUAACCCUCGACUCGCUUUCAUUUAUUUGUUGAUGGGCAUGUUUGGCAUCCAGGAGGGCAAUUAGGACUUAAUCACAAUGCUGUGGAUCUGAAGUCACAUGUUGCCAGACUGAAUAAGCACAACAGAUUUCCUUCCCUGGGGAACCAGUUGGUUUUUACAAUUGUUGCGAAGUUGGGUCAAGUAAUUGUAGAUUUGGAUAAAGACCACAGUUAGCAGACCAAGCAGCAGGUUUUAUCAAGACAACAGGUUUUAAAUUUAGCCAAUCAAUUUGAACUAGGUACUUAGAUACCAAAAAUCUAUUAAAUUUAAAUCUGAUGGUUUUGACAACAUAAGACCAAUCCAAUGUGAGAAAUAUUGUUAUGUCUACAUGGAUAUAAAAGAAGGGGACAGUUGAACAAAGACCUCAAAGCUAACUGCCAUCCGCCAGAGCUAUCAGUUCUCAGCUCUCCCUCUUGAGAGAAAUUGGCUCUCACGGUCAUCUACGUAUUAGAAAAAAUAUCAUCUCAAAGAUAUUGGUACCAACGAUGGAAAAAGGCAUUCCUGAAAGAAAAAUCAGAGGAAGCAUUUCUGACAGAAGACUUGAUGAGAGAAGGCACAGAACAUUCCAGAAGAUGCGUAACUUGACUGUAAUUUCGGGAGACUAAAUUCUACUUUUUUGUAUCUGAGUGGCACUUGUAGUUAUUGGAACAGCAUGCCAUUUGAAUAUUCUAGAAUAAUUAGUAGU